AUCAAGUUGAAUAUUUGAUAUCAAUAUGAAAUUAUUAGCAAUCAAUACAGUCAAAGAUUUUAAAUAUUUAUUUAAUUAAUUUCUAAAUAAUAUUGUAUACAGUUACUAUGAUAUUUGCUGCGAGAAUAUUUUAUUCUUCAUAAUUUUUUAAGAGCUUGGUAUUUCGCUCGUAUUUUUUUUUAUUUCAAGAAAAGAACUUCUGUAAUAAUUAGCACAGGCCGAUAUGCCGAUAGCGCUAAGCAAAGCGGAGUGGGGCCGUAUUGUACGCUGGACCGAACAGGACAAGGAGGACCCGGAAAAUGUACACCGGCGAAAAUAUGUUCAGUACUUGGAUGCCACCUCCAGGGAGAUGACCAAAUCAUGGCCCAAUUCCGUCGAGAACGUGAACAAACGCAAUGAGGAACUACGGCGCGCACGCAUCGAGGCUGCAGAGCAAGCCAACACGAUGUUCUACAAGCGCUAUGUGAGACGCAAACGGGAGGAACAACAGCGGCUCAUGCACAACGCCAGGGAUACUGUUUUCAAGAACAAGGAUGCGCCGAAACUAUUGCUUAGCGCAGUUAUCGAGACAGUAAUUCAGAAAGAGCGUCAAGAACAGCUGAAGUUUCUUGCGGAACAGCGGCAGAGAGAGGCGGAACACAAGAAAAAGGAUGACGAUGACUUAAUCAGAAAAGCGAAGGAGUGGCACGAGCUGAUGGAAUUGAAGAGGAAGCGAAGAUUUGAAGCCAACAAGCAACAUCAAAAGGAUAUACUAGACCAGGCACGUGAAGUUGCAGAAAGGAAUAGAAUCGAGUAUGAAGCUGAGCUGAAUCUUCAAAAGAUAGACAACAUCAGAGCUAACCAAGAGAUGGCCGAUCUUAAGGAUUUUAAAGAAAAAUUCUGCGCGGAGGAGAAGGCGCGUAUCUGGGCGGACAUGGAACGGUCGCGGCACGAGGCGGAGCGGCGGUCGCGCGAGCAGGCGGCGCGCGGCCGCCGCGACGAGCGGCUGCUGCUCGUGCUGCAGGACGCCAGCACGCGCGUCCACGCGCUACGCACGCGCGCCGAGAACGAGUUAAAGGAAGAAAAACUACGCGUGCUGGAAAAGAUCAGCCAAAAGUUGGAAUCCGGCGACGCAGCGCGCGAGGCUAAGGAGCAGGCUAUACUAGAAAAAGCAAUCAAGGAGAAGGAAGCUGCUGCGGAAGCACGUCGCGAGGCGCAUGAACGCAAGAAGGCACAAUUUAAGCAGGACAGGAUUGACACUAGAAACAAGUUCUUACGCGAUGAGGAGCAACGGCUACACGAGUUCAACACAAUGCGACAGUGGGAGAUCAUGAACAGAUUCAAAAAUGCAGAACUGUACGAAGACUUCAAAGAUAAAUCACGACUGGAGCGAGAACGCAAAAUAAAAGAGUACAGGGACGACAUCCUCAAACAGUGGCGCGAGCGCGAAGAGUGCGAGGCGCGGUGGCGGGAGGAGACGCGGCAGUUGCACGGGCCGCGCGCCGAGCUCGAGCGGCGCCGCGCCGACCGCGCGGUGCUGGCGCGCGGCGCCGCGCUGCUGCGGGACGCGCGCCGCCGCCGCCGCCCCGAGCGCCCGCUGCGCCGCGCCCUGCAUCGCUACUGCAAGCUACAUCGACUGUACCCAAUGCCGGAGCUGGCAGCAUCGAUGCAGGAACACUUCGAAUCUUACGCGCCGAGAGACGACUCCCAGCUAGACCCCAACUACACAGAGCCGGCCCCGCCGCCGACGGACUUGGAUCCAGACGCGUCCGAUCCAGAGGAUCAACAACAGCCGGACACGGUUCCGCAGGGCAAAAAGAACGGCUUGCAGGAGAUAGGGAAGGCUGGACUCCCUAAGCUGAGUGAAGAGAAGGAAGAGAAAUCGGACGACUAUAAAAGGAAGGGUCGUGCUAAUGGAUUACAAAGGAAGAAUAGCCAAAAAGACCUAACUCUUCCGCGUAUAAAGGCGCCCCCCUGCCCGGCGGAGAGCUGCCGCUGCGAGACGAAGAAAUAAAACGA